ACCAAGAGCCUCAUGCUGCUGUCACUUCCCCGAGCAAGGACAUCUAACGUCUCGAACAUCACUCUUGUCACCAGCUGAACCUCGUCAACCCCAAUAUUCAUCCUUGGAGGUUACAGUCGUUACACCCCAUACAUAUGUCGCUGGCAUAUUGGUAACAAUAGUUUGUUUGCACACACGAGCUCAGACCUAAUUCUGACGACGAAAGCACUUCCACCAAGUUCAACGAGCCGCGCAGGACUGUCAAGGUCAUGGCCCAGCAUGCCUCGACGUCCGCAGACCUACAAUGACUACGGCGCAGCUGUCCAGCAGAUCAUCCUGACCUCGACCGACACAGACUUCCUCGAUCGACUCAUCCCUGUCCUCAAAGAUGCCUCGCUCUCGAAUCGAACCCCUUCGUUGAUGCAGAAUCUGGUCCGGUACUCCGAAGAGAGAGAAGCCGAAAUCGAGAGAAUAGGGUUGACAAAGCACGAAGAGUUUCUGGGUUCGGUGAACCAGCUACAGAGCGUACGCGAGGGCACCGUCGCGCUCACGGCAGAGAUCCUGAGGCUAAACCAGUCCAUUCAAGCAAGCACAGAGAAGCUUGCCGAUCAAAAGCAAGCCCUAGUAAACACGAGGGCUGUACGGCAGAAUAUAGCCGAUGCAUCCGACGCACUGAAAGAAUCCCUCAAGAUUCUGCAUGCCGUCAACCAUGCCCACGACCUGAUCCGCAAGAAGAAGUAUUACGCGGCACUCAAAUCUCUUGAGGACCUUCAGAAUGAGCAUCUGAUUCCGACGAUCCAGAACAAAUAUGCCACCCAACACAAGCUAGCGGAUGUAAUCCAAAAGUCAAUACCAGCGUCACAGAAAACCAUUUCCGAAGCUGUCAUGACUGACCUAAACACCUGGCUAUUUCGCAUCCGCGAAACCUCACAGUUCCUCGGCGAGGUUGCGUUCUAUCAUACCGAGCUUAGGAGGGCGAGACAGAGAGAACGUGUGGAACGCGAUAGCUAUUUGAAUAACUUCAGACUCAACUCAUCCACCGAGCUGGUUUUUGACGAGAGCGAGGAAUUCGAUGUACUUGACAACGAAGAGCUGCAGGUUGAUUUUACGCCACUCUUCGAAUGUCUGCACAUUCACGACGCCCUGGGACAGAGCGAUAAGUUCCGUGCUGAGUAUGCCACGACUCGCCGACAGCAGAAAGACUUGCUGCUACCAAGUACUAUUGGACUCGUUGCAGAUGACGAGUCUUCACUAAGUAGUUUACUUGAAGGCAUCGCUGGUUUUGCCAUCAUUGAGAAGGCGACUAUGCGGCGUGUUCCUCACCUACGAUCUGCUGUUGAUGUUGACGAGCUCUGGGACUCUAUGUGUCACACAGCCAUCACACUUACCUCACAGGCGCUAAACGAUGUAAGCAAUGCCGAAAUUCUUCUCAAGAUCAAGGGAGUCAUAGCUCUAUUCAUACAAACCAUGGAGGGUUGGGGAUACUCUGUAUCCAUGCUCGACAACUUCCUCCUUACCCUAUUUGAUAAAUAUGCCGAGCUUCUGAAGCGACGAUUCAGCGAAGAUUUCCAAGAGAUUGUUUCGACGGAUGACUACAUGCCCAUGGCCAUCAACACCCGCGAGGAGUACGAGAAGGUGGUGAACGUCAGCUGGUUCUCUCAAGAAAAAUCUCUGGAAGAGCUCAGUUUCCCCUGCGUGUUGCCAUUCUCGCAAAUGUAUCCACUCUGCUGUAUCGACAUUCGAAACUUCUUGAACCAGUUCUACUUCUUCUCCGAUGAUCACUUUCAGCAUCCUAACAUCAUCGACGAUACGCUCCGCAAGUCCCUGGAUGAGCUUUUGACAGAGAAGGUCUGCAAGUCUCUUGUCGAGAGACUGAGCUCCCAGUACCUUGGGCAGAUCGUGCAGAUUCUUAUCAAUCUUGAGCACUUCGAAGCUGCUUGCCAAGAACUUGAGCAGCUCCUCAUCAGAGCGAGAUCGUCUACGUCAGCUGGCGGCCCUGUCACACUCGUUGCCACAGAGGAGUUCCGAAACAACAAAAAGACGGCCGAGAAGCGCAUUUUCGAACUCGUCAACUCCAAGAUCGAUGACCUGGUGGAUACCGCCGAAUAUGACUGGAUGGCAACCGCAUCAUCUCCCGAUCCCAGCAGUUAUAUGCAGACGAUGACCCGAUACCUGUCCAAUAUCAUGAAUUCCACGCUUCUUGGCCUGCCGCGAGAGAUCAAGGAACUCAUCUACUUUGACGCUCUCAGCCACGCCGCCAACAAGAUUCUUGCGUUACCAUUGUCUUCUGACGUCAAGCAUAUCAAUACCAAUGCUGUUGCUGCACUGGCAAACGACGUGCAAUACCUCACCGAGUUUGUUGACAGUCUCGAGAAUGGAGCCAUGCUCCGAGAAAACCUGGACGAACUACAACAAACCAUCAACCUAAUGCAGUCCGACAACCAUGACGAGUUCUUUGACAUCUCCAUCCGCAACAAAAAGUAUGGCCGCGUUGACGCCUUAAACGGUCCCAUUCUGUUGGAGAAGCUUACUUCCAAUGCCCAAGGUCCUACCCGCAGCGCUCCUCUCGCCAACUUCUCCUCCCGAUUCGGUAUGAUGAAGUAAAGUACCUCAUUUGCAUCACUGGAGCUGUGGGGGGAUAUGUACACUUGCUGGAUCAUCAAUCCCAAGCACCCAGUGUCGCGAUACCACGCCUAGAAGCUCGCUGCGACAACCAAUCAGUUGUAUUUUCUCUCUCGUACUGCUACCAGACUGGCAGAAGCCCAGGCUGCAUUGGCUCUCUCCUUCGCACUCAGACAACGUCACCUGGUCCACCCCAUCGUGAGCAUUGGCAGACCCGAUGCCUUUACGUCAUGAUGGCUCUCGUCGUCAAUAAUGCAUUCAACGCCGCGACGCCAGACCCAAACAGAAACAAUAUUUAUGCCCCUUCCCGUCAGCUGUGGCAUUCAAGGACAGAGGCAAUCAGACUAUGCACUCUUGAUACCGAAUAGUUCUACUCGAAUUCCUCGGAGGACAUAGGCGGCUAUAGAGGCUGCAUCCCCCCGUAUCCGUACAUUCCCUCAAUCUCGCCAUACAUGGGUUGUUGAGCUUGGCCGUAGGGAGCCGAAGGGCCUGGCUGUACUUGGCCAGGGUACAUGUUGGGGUUCUGCCGGUAGUCUUGAUCAGGGCCGAGGGCAUGGCCAGCGAGGCCGUAGUCAGUUGCAGCCAUGGGAUGGGAUGAGGAAGAGUGAUUGGUGGCCUGUGGCAAGGAACCAUGCUGGCCUGGUAUCUGGGAAGCGGCUUGGGCCGGGACGCCUUGGGAAGCAGGAGCAGCUUGACCAGCAGUUCUUUUGGCAUGGGACGAAGCCUCUUCGCGGGGCACGAUAUCGAUGAGGAAAUCAAACAUGUCCGAUUUGGCUAGCGCAGAUGCUAUGUCAGAGCGCUGCAGAGUCCUGCGCUUAUUCUCUUCGGCGUGAAUCCAGGCGCGCAUGGUAAGCUCGGUGAUAAAGAUAUCGCAACCCUUGGCAAAGAGGAUCGGCGCUUCGGCAGAGAUCAUCUUGACUUCGGGGUCGGCUUUCAUGACCUUUUUGAUGCGGGCCAAGGGCAGCUGAUGCAGUUUGUAGUCGUGAUUAUCGCUCUCCAAGUGAUUAAUCGUCUGCUGCCAGUAGGUUGUCAAGAUGUCUUUGUACUGUCCGGUCAAACCCUGGUGAACAUUGGCCCAAGGACCGGUGUAGAGUUCGGCGGGAGCGAAACCCUGGGCGGAGAGCUAUAUUUGGACGUGGUUAGACGCAGUCGCUUGAUGGAGGAGAGCUAGCCAUCGCAGGCAGAAAGUCGUGUUCAUGAAUCAAGGGGGGUACGAACCGCAGCGCUCGCGCCGUAGUGACCGCCAUGCGUUGUGUCGUAAACAGGCUGGGGCCGGCCCUGCUGGGGAUGGGAGCCGGAUUGAUUCUGAGGAUCCAUUGCGAUAUGUUUGGCCGAGGCGUGAGGGUCGUGGAGGCGAAAAGCGAUGCUCGAGUAGCGUGAGGUGCGCGCUGUAAUUAUGGACCAAGACUAAGGUGAGGUGAAGGGAGGUAGGUACCUCUGCCAGAUGGCGCGAGUCGGGUGCGGUGUUGUGUCGCGAAAGGAACCCGUUCGUGAGGUAGGUAGGUUGGCACAGGACCGCUUGCUGUAGGCGCACGACGUUCCCUGCAGAAAACCCCACUGUUCAACUUCGUCUCUAGCGCAGAUAAGUUAGUGGCCAGUACUUUGGGCCAUCGGGGGCGGCUAGAGUGCACCAGAGCGUUGAAGGAGAUAGAUACCUUACUUGUG